AUGACAUCGCUCUCGGCGUUGCUCUCGCAGCAAACUCCACUUCAAACCCGGAAAGCUUUGAUUCUGCUGGGACUGCAGAACGACUUCUUGUCACCGAAUGGCAAACUCGUGGUCAACGUCGAGUCUGGAUUCUUACACCGCCUUGAGGUUCUUGUGCCCGCAUUUCGCGAAUUUGGCGACAUCAUCUGGGUUCGCUCGGAAUUCGAAGCCAAUCGCGAAGUGAACUCUCUGCAGAGUAACGGCGACACUGUCAUCGCCGGCUCGUACAAUGAUCGCGGGAAAGUCGAUCGCACCAAGUCUGGAUCUAAGCGUCGUGCUUCGGAAGAUGCCUCGACGUCGGCAAAACGUAUCAAGUCGACCAAGCCCGAUGAGGAUGAGGAGCUCUUCUUAACCAGGACAAAAAGCCGCGAACCAUGUUGCUUGCGAGGCUCGUGGGGCGCAGACUAUGCGCCGGACGUCAGCAAACUUAUAGACGAACGUCGCGAUAUGCACCUGGUGAAAACCUACUACUCCGCCUUCGGGUCCACCUCGUUUCUCACCACGCUCCGCUCGAAACUCAUUACCGAGCUAUACGUCUGCGGCUGCAACACCAAUCUGUCGGUGUUCGCGACGGCUAUGGAUGCGGCACGUUACGGCAUCAAGAUUACGCUUGUUGAGGACUGCCUCGGCUACCGCAGACAGGAGCGCCACGACGAAGCAAUUCGCCAGCUUGUUGACGUGAUGGGCGCUGAAGUCAUGACUGGUAAGAAGGUCAUCGACAUACUCAGCAACCCGCCGCUCGUGCAUGUUGAUGACGACUCUGACGCCCAGGACGACGAUGAAGACGAUGAGUCGGACAACGAGUCGAACGCAACAAGUGAUGCAGGGCAGAUUCUUGACAAGCCUGCCCCUCCCACCCUAGAUGAGGACGACGAUGAAGCUUUGGUCCCGGAGGACGAGCAGGACGAGGCAGCUGCAGUUCAGCUACCAAGCGUACCCGAGCCAGCGUCAUUGCGGAAGACACCGCUGUUCGGAGACGGCAAAGAUGUAGAGAGCGCCGGGUCAGUAAUAUUGUACGAUCUACUACCGGCCGACCUUUCAGAGAGCAUCUUUGAAGAAUUGAUAGCCGAAGUGAAGUGGCAGAAGAUGCACCAUCAGACUGGCGAAGUGCCGCGCCUAGUCUGCUGUCAAGGCUCCGUCGCAGAGGAUGGCAGUAUGCCUGUCUAUCGUCACCCGUCCGACGAGACACUACCGCUGCAGUGCUGGUCGCCUUCCGUGGACAAGGUCCGGAGGGCUGCGGAGGCAGUGGUAGGGCACCCUUUGAACCACGCACUGAUACAGCUAUAUCGCGGAGGCCAAGACUUCAUCUCUGAACAUAGCGACAAGACGCUAGACAUUGCGCGAGGCAGCUGCAUCGUGAAUGUGUCCUUCGGCGCGCAGCGAACGAUGCGGUUGCGCACGAAACGGAGUGCGGGCGGAUCAAUGUUAUUAGACGGAUCUCUACCGCCACGCACGACAUACCGUGUCCUUAUGCCACACAACUCGGUGAUAGUAAUGACGCUACCCACCAACGCUGAGUACUUGCAUGGCAUCAAUGCCAACAAGCGGCCUGCAGUCGAGUUCACCGAAGCGGAGAAAGCGUACGGCGGGCAGCGAAUCAGUCUGACGUUCCGUCAGAUUGCCACGUUCCUAACCGCCGAUGAACAUGGAAUAUGGGGCCAGGGAGCGACUGGUAAGACUCAAGAGGAUGCUAGGCCCGUUAUCAACGGUGAUGAAACGGAGAGCGAACGCCUCGUGCGUGCCUUUGGGGCGGAGAACCAGGCGAGUACCAUUGACUGGGAUGCCGUCUAUGGCGAGGGGAGCGAUGUGCUCCAUCUGAGGUCAGGGGCAAGACUCAGCGGCACGUCUAGACAGAGCGCGUAG